AUGCCUCGAAUCCUUCAGACUAUUCUUCUCAAUGCGCCGUUCUCUCAAAGAAAGCCCUUCAACUUUGACCACAUCUUAUACGCGGGCUUCGCCAAAUCGUCAUCGCGGGGGAUAUCGCAUGGUAACUUCAACUUUAGCACACGAGCUGGCACAAAGGAAGCAAAACCUACUACGCAACCCCACAAACGGGCACCGAAUGGAAUUCGAGUCAUCCAAACUCUGGAUCAAUCUCGUCUGAAACCUUCCGACUUCCAGGAUAUUUCCGGUCUGAAAAGUUUCUACCUUUCUACGACCUUCGACAAUGAGGGGCUCAGCCAGAAAUGGGAAAUGAGGUACACACACUACACGACCCACGGUAAACCCCCACGAAAAUUUGAAGUUCCAUUCCCGGAAGGCACACAUGGCUUCCUCUACUAUCGUCCUACAAAUCUUUUAUCACCCACACGAAACACGCAACCCUCAGACGGCCCAGCAGGGCAGGUGUAUUUUCGCAUAACGAAAGACAACGACCCCGCCAGCUUUGCUUCAGGAAGGGACUUGAUGCAACGCAACGGAGACGUUCCUUGGUACAUCGUCCCAAAGGCAAAGACGACGGCACUGUGGCGGCUUCUGCUCAAAGACGGGCUCGUCACAGCCUCCACCAAGAGCACAGGUCUCAUUCGCUCGCCAAAACCCCAUAUCUCAACAUUUUUGGAUCCCUUUAUUAUUGACCUCUCACACCACAACAUUCAAGUGAAUGUGCGGAGUCUAAGGGAUGGGAAUGUCCUCCGCCUUGUCUGCGGAAACCCGUUCCGUGGUCAAACCGGGUCGGCAAGUUCGUACCAUCAGUGUUUCACAGGCCAGUACAUCAAUGGCUUCCGCUCUACUUUUCGAAGACACAACUUACCUCCUCAUACGUCUUCUUCACAGGUCGCUUACGCUGUCGUUUCGAGCGCUCUCCCCAUCCGAAUCACGCAGGUACCGACACUUUCGUGA